AUGAUGGGGGUGAUGGGGAUGAUGGGGAUGAUGGGGGAUGAUGGGGAUGAUGGGGAUGAUGGGGAUGGGGGGGAUGGGGAUGAUGAUGGGGAUGAUGGGGAUGAUGGGGAUGAUGGGGAUGAUGGGGGUGAUGGGGGUGAUGGGGAUGAUGGAGAUGAUGGGGAUGAUGGGGGUGAUGGGGAUGAUGGGGAUGAUGGGGGUGAUGGGGAUGAUGGGAUGAUGGAGUUGAUGGGGAUGAUGGGGAUGAUGGGGGUGAUGGGGAUGAUGGAUGAUGGGGAUGAUGGGGAUGAUGGGGAUGAUGGGAUGAUGAUGGGGAUGAUGGGGGUGAUGGGGAUGAUGGGGAUGAUGGGGAUGAUGAUGGGGAUGAUGGGGGGUGAUGGGGGUGAUGGGGAUGAUGGAGAUGAUGGAGAUGAUUGGGGUGAUUGGGAUGAUGGGGAUGAUGGGGAUGAUGGAGAUAAAGGAGAUGAUAAUAAUGAUGAUGGGGAUGAAGGGGCUGAUGGAGAUGAUGGAGAUGAUGGGGGUGAUGGGGGUGAUGGGGAUGAAGAUGGGGAUGAUGGAGAUGAUGGGGAUGAUGGGGGUGAUGGGGGUGAUGGGGGGGAUGAUGGGAUGAUGAUGGGGAUGAUGGGGUGA